CCCACAGGAGCCUCUUUUCCUUUUUUCCCUGUGGAGGUGGAGUCAGUCAGCUGUUCCUAUGGGAACUGGAGAGGAAAGAGGAGAAAUGUGUCAAGUGGAGUCGGUGGAUGAUACCGGAAGUGAGAUGAUGUCACCUUCAAAAUAAGAUGGACAGAUGAGUUGUGAUCGUCCACCUGGUUGUGUUUGGAGGAAGAAGAAGAGGAAGAAGCAGCAGCAGCAGCUCAUCACUGAGUGUGACUCUCUGACUGACCAACACCUGCGAGCACUUUCAACUCAAACCAAAACAGCUCCACCUCCUCGGACCGUCCUGGUAAAGAGUUGUCACCUUUGGAUGUCUGUAGCCUGACGAUGGAGAAGUACGAGAAGAUAGGAAAGAUCGGAGAGGGCUCCUAUGGCGUCGUCUUCAAGUGCAGGAACAGAGACACGGGGCAGAUCGUCGCCAUCAAGAAGUUUGUGGAGUCAGAGGACGAUCCCAUCAUCAAGAAGAUUGCACUGAGGGAGAUCAGGAUGCUCAAGCAACUGAAACACGCCAACCUGGUGAACCUGAUCGAGGUGUUUCGACGUAAACGGAAGCUUCACCUGGUGUUCGAGUACUGCGACCACACGGUCCUCAACGAGCUGGACCGCCAUCCCAGAGGAGUUCCUGAGCACCUUGUAAAAAGUAUAACCUGGCAGACUCUUCAAGCGGUCAACUUCUGUCACAAACAAAAUUGCAUCCAUCGAGACGUCAAGCCAGAAAAUAUCCUCAUCACCAAACACCAAGUCAUCAAACUGUGUGACUUUGGGUUCGCCAGGAUUCUCACUGGUCCGUGUGAUUACUACACAGACUACGUGGCGACUCGUUGGUACCGUGCCCCUGAGCUGCUGGUGGGAGACACUCAGUACGGCCCCCCGGUGGACGUGUGGGCGAUUGGUUGUGUGUUCGCUGAGCUGCUGUCGGGGAUCCCUCUGUGGCCCGGGAAGUCUGACAUGGACCAACUGUACCUGAUCAGGAAGACUCUGGGCGACCUGAUCCCUCGACACCAGCAGGUCUUCAGCAACAACCAGUUCUUCUGUGGAGUUUCAAUCCCAGAGCCACAAGAGAUGGAACCUUUGGAGCAGAAAUAUCCAAAUCUGUCACAUCAAGCUCUGAGUCUCAUGAAGGGUUGUCUGAGGAUGGACCCGUCUGAGCGUCUGACCUGUGAGCAGCUGCUCCAACACCCGUACUUUGACAGCCUGCGAGAGAAGAGCGAGAGCACCUCUCGAGAGCAGGACCGCUCCAGCAACAAGAGGACACGUUUACCUCGCAAGCACCUUCCUCCUGGGUAUUUGCCGCAGCUGACCAGCAGCAGCAUCUUCCCAGCGUUGGACAAUAAGAAGUACUACAACAACCUGCGCAAGUUCAACUAUCACCUACCGAACAUCUGAACACGAGCUGAAUGAAACUCGACACCAUCAGCGAGCAGCGUUUUCUGAAGACUCAGGAGACAAAGCACAAUCUGGUCACACCUCCGUUUUUUUAAACAAGAGGGUUCAACCACUUUUUAAAGUUUAUGUUUCAUCACUUGGGGUGUGUCGGGUGGCUCUUGAUACUGAUGUCAGUCUAUGCACUAUUCCCCCGACAUGUGGACUCGACGCAUGUUGGUUUUACGUACGUUGCCUACGUUUCAAGCUGUUUCUGUUGUAUUUUGUAGACGUGUGAAGACAAGGAGCGAUGUGCUGCUCUGCUCGUAGUCGCUGAGUAGACUGAAGGUAAAACUACCA